AUCGAUGUAGACAGUCUGUGAGAUAAAUGUUACACUAGGUUGACUUAGACAAAACCCCACGACCAGAAAAAGAAUGACUUGUUCAUCUAAUGUCAUGCCGGAGUUCGUCUUUCUUUUUCUCUUUCUCAUUCUUUUUGUCUCUUUCCUUUCUGAGAUUCUUUCUACUUUUCUCCAAACACAGACAUAACGACAUUUUACGUGCAUGCAAACAUCUUUUUCGAGAAGCACAAACUAGAAGGCUGGUCUAAGUGCCCAUCUUUCGUAAUACACAGAAAGCAACCUAUUUAUUCUUAUAUGAUAACAGUUAGCCAUGCCGCUUUGUUGUAAGUCUUGCUGUCGUAAGGACGUCGCGGGCAAAGAUGGUAAAAAAGGGAAGAAGACUUAUAAGAUGAGUUCUAAUAUUGAGAGGCUGAACAUCGUCACUUAUCUUGUUCCUGAUGUAGCAGUAGAGACAUUUCAGGUUUUUACCGAAUACCUUGAAGAUGUGCUUCACAUUCGCUGCAACUUGAUCUAUGAAUCCCGAUGGCAGUAUCCGACGAAGCAAAGGGACCUGUUUGCUGCAGAAGAUGUUGAUAUGGGCUUCAUUAGUGCUCCGGGAUUUCUCGAAAUGCUAGAGAGACCAAACUCGAUUGAGCUGUGUCCUGUCGCUCCUGUCUUUUCUCACCCUCUUGGAAGAGGCCGACCUGUGAUUUUCUCUGACGUUGUAGUACGAAGUGAGUCUGGCAAGGAGUUUGAGCACCUGAAGGGACACAAGUUUGCUUACUCUCACUCAGAUUCGACGACUGGCUACUAUAUUAUGCUCUCUGAGUUGAAGAACCACAACACAGACUCUAGCUUUUUUGCUGACUCGAUCCAAUCUGGGUCUCAUUUCAAUUCCCUACAACUACUUCUGACGAAGAGGGCCGACGUUGCUGCAAUUGAUACCCGAUUCCUCGAUGACUUUUUCCACCAACAUCCUCACUACAAGAGGGAGCUCAAAGUGAUGGCUACCCUUGGUCCCAUGCCUGUUAGCCCUUUAGUAUUUAGGAAAACGUUACCUUGUAAGUGAUUUUUUUUUUUUUUU